UUUCUCUCUCUCUCUCUCUCCUUCUUUCUCUCUCUCCCUCUCCCUCCCUCCUUGUUUGAUUUUUGUCCUUCGCUCACAACUUAACUAUUAUUACUUGUACGCCGACGCAUCUUCUCUUCCACACUCACAAUUAUGCGGAUGUGUAGAGUUUGAAUACUGUGGGAUUUAUUCGAAAGUCCCAGAAAAUUUCAAGCGCGUUUUUGUUGGGAGGUAAAAUGGGUGUCAUUUCCCGAAAGAUAUUCCCAGCAUGUGAGAGCAUGUGUGUAUGCUGCCCUGCUUUGAGGUCGCGGUCACGGCAACCCGUGAAACGUUACAAGAAAUUGCUUGCUGAAAUAUUUCCCAAGUCGCAUGAUGGCCAGUCAAAUGAAAGAAAAAUUGUAAAGCUGUGUGAAUAUGCUUCCAAAAACCCUUUACGGAUUCCAAAGAUUGCUAAAUAUCUUGAAGAAAGGUGUUACAAAGAAUUGCGAAGUGGCAACAUCAGAUUCGUCAGUAUUGUUGCGGAAACUUACAACAAAUUACUUUGCAUUUGUAAGGAGCAAAUGGCCUAUUUUUCUUUUAAUUUGUUGAAUAUGGUUAUUGAACUGCUGGAUGACUCUAAGCAAGAUGCUCUCCUGAUUAUUGGAUGCGAUACAUUGACUACAUUUAUUUACUGUCAGAUGGAUGGAACUUAUACACGCAAUAUUGAAAACUUUGUUGACAAAGUUUGCAUGUUGGCACGUAAGACUGAAGAUGAGCAUCAGAAACGUGGUUUAAGAGCAUCGAGCUUGCGGUGCCUUUCAGCCAUGGUGUGGUUCAUGGCAGAGUUCUCGCAUAUAUUUGCUGAUUUUGAGAAGAUCGUGCAUGCUACUCUUGAUAACUAUGAGAUGGAGUCACAAAAUGAGGAAGACGAAGAAAGAAGGGAGGCACAUCAUAAUUGGGUGGAUGAAGUAGCAAGAUGUGAAGGAAGGGGCACUCCUGGUGUGGGUGGUGAGUUUAGCCCUAGCCACAUGAUCAUAAGAUUACGGCCAGAAAAGAAAGAUCCUUCUCUUCUCACGAGAGACGAGAUUGAGACACCAAAAGUAUGGGCUCAAAUAUGCAUCCAAAGGAUGGUUGACCUUGCCAAGGAGAGUACAACUAUGCGACGAGUAUUGGACCCAAUGUUUGUUUAUUUUGACACAGGAAGACACUGGGUUCCUCAGCAUGGCCUGGCCCCUCUUGUUCUGUCUGAUAUGCAAUCCUUUGUGGAAAACCCAGGAUAUCAGCAAUUGAUUUUAGCUGGUGUUGUUCGACAUUUGGACCACAAGAAUGUUGUACAUGAUGCCGAGAUGAAAUGUCACAUCGUCCAAACUGCUAGCUAUUUGGCCCGGCAAGUUAGGUUAGAAGCCGUGAUUUCUGAUAUGGGGUUUGUCAGUGACCUCUUCAGACACUUGCGCAAAAGCUUUCAGGCUACAGCUGAACCAGUUGGAGAGCAAGAGCUGAAUAUGAAUGCUGCACUGCAGACUUCCAUUGAAACUUGUCUGUUGGAAACUGUUAGAGGGAUUGUUGAUGUGCGGCCGCUGUUUGAUAUGAUGGCGAUUACACUGGAGAAACUUUCUCCGAUAAGAGUUGUUGCUAGGGCUGCACUUGCCUCACUUAUAAUUCUUGCUCAUGUGAUAUCCUUGGCAUCUAUAUCUUUCCACUCUCAGCAGGUGUUUCCUGAGGCUCUUUUCAUUCAACUCUUGAAAGUGAUGUUGCAUUCUGAUGUUGAUUUACGUGUUGGAGGGCACCAAAUAUUCUGUGUUCUUCUAAUUCCAAGUUCCGCUCACGCAAGAAACGAUGUUUUCAACAAUCCGAGGAGGGGACAUUCCAAAAGCACAUCCACAUUUUCCUCAAUUACAGCUCUGCUUGAGAAGCUUCGUCUAGAAAUAUAUGGAACCAAGGUGAAGCAGGAAAGUGAAAAGGAUGACUAUCAGCAGCUGAACAAAGGCAAGGAAGAGAGAAAGCAUGGGACCUCCCACAAAAAUUCUCCUAAUAUGCAUAUAAUAAGCUCCAUUGUUGACAGGACCGGUGGACCAGCCAACUUGACUGAGACUGAACAGUAUUUUUUACGAUGCAACGAAGACCAAAUAGCACAGUUGCUGUCUGCUUUAUGGAUACAAGUCAAUCUUUCUGAUAAUCUUCCUGCUAAUCUUGAAGCUAUAGCUCAUUCAUUCUGUUUAGCACUUAUUUCUUCGCGCCUUAAGAACUCCAAUAACAACCUAGUACUCAGAUUCUUUCAGCUUCCCCUAUCAAUAAGAAAGAUGUCUUUAGACUCCAAUACUGGGUCCUUACCUCCAGUGUACCAGAGAUCACUUCUUGUAUUAUCUACAGCUAUGUUGGCAUUUGCGGCGAAGCUAUAUCAUAUUGCUGAGACUUAUAAUUUGCAUAACUUGUUACUCGAGUCUGAUGUGGAUCCAUAUCUUGGCAUCAGUGACAACUUUCAGGUUUAUGUAAAAUCUCAAUCUGAAGUGAAAGAUUAUGGCUCGGUUUCUGAUAAUGAAGAAGCUUUGUCAACUCUCCUUGAGCUGCGGGAAAAGGCUUAUGAAUCUGACAAAAUCGUAUUUUCCAUCUUUGUUGAGAGUUUGUCUUCCAUUACAAAGUUUGAGGCGGACGAGAUUGCCAAGCAACUAUCAGAAGAAUUUUUACCCGAUGAAGCUUUCAUGUUCGGCCCACAAUCAAUACUUGACAUGGAUCACAUCCAAAAAGCUGCACACUCCAAGGAAACACAAUCAUUUGAUGGCGAAUUUUCUGCAAAUUCUCUGGUUGAAGAUGAUGCUAUGAGUAUAUCAUCAGUUGCUGAUAUAUCUCGCUUCAUCCCGAAGGUGCCCGCAUCUCCAUCUCCUUCGAUGUCCCAUAUUGUCAGUAUUGGACAGCUUCUAGAAUCGGCACUUGAGGUCGCUGGUCAAGUAGCUGGAUCAUCUAUCUCCACUUCACCACUCCCGUACAGCACCAUGACAAAUCAGUGUGAAGCCUUUGGUACAGACACGAGAAAAAAGCUUUCUAAUUGGUUGACCUCUGAUAACCACUCGAUACAAGCCAAUGAUAUGUCCCCUCCACCUCUGCGUUCAACUGGGGGAUCAUCAAUUGACAAGGCAACAUGCAGUGAAGCAGCUAUAGGAGCCGUUCCAUCGUCAAACUCCUGGCUAGCUCUCAGAUUGCCCCCGGCCAGCCCUUUUGACAACUUCCUCAGAGCAGCUCGUGGUUAAAGGUGCACUUGCUUCUGGAAAUUCCAACUGAUUCAAGUGUUGACUAUCCGUUACUCUUGUUUUUUCUUUUCUACUGUUAACUAUGCUUUAGAUUGUUAGGGCAGUAUUAGGAAAAUGUGCAGUACCAAUCUUAGUUUGGAUGUACUAUUGUAACGAAUGUCUGUUUGUAUCCUUGAACAGUUGUCUGUUUUGCCUUGUAGAAUCAGGUAGAUGAUCUCUGUAUCCUCUGUAAUAUAAUCACUCUGUGUAAUUUGCAACUGUUUCAGACCGCAUGAUG